AGCACUGCACUUUGCGCAUGCGUUCAAUUUUAUGUUGCCUUGUCAACGCAAGUUAAUCAAGAAUCACUUCGUACUUUCAGAAUCUGACGUUAAUUCUUUUGUUAAACGAGUCUACCAGAAUCAAGAUGCCAGGAAUAGGAGAUGAUGUGCCCAUGUACUGCUCACAGCAGAUCAACAUUCCCCCUGACCUCCCGGACAUCAUGAAGCAGUUCACCAAGUCGGCCAUCAGGACCCAGCCGGCUGAUGUCCUCCAGUGGUCAGCAGCGUAUUUCCAUGCUUUAGCCAAUGGUGAGACACCCCCAGUGAAGGAGAGGCUUGAGAUGCCCAUGGCCACACAGAAGACAGACACCGGACUAACACCAGGCAUCCUUUCAGUGCUUAACAGACAGCUUGGCCCCAAGAAGACGAUCUCAGUCGAUGAGCUUGAGCAGAAAUGGAAGGAUAAUUGCCUCCCGAAGGAGAGAAUGUUCAGCUUAAUACAGAUUGGUAGUUUCGGCGAUGAGAUCGACUGGCGCAAGUUCUUUGCCCUGGCCUGUUCAGCUCUUGCGGGGAACAUCACCUCUGCCAUGAAGGUCAUCUGUGAGAUCUUGACCAAGGACCCCGAGGGCGGGGCAGCGAGGAUACCCUUUGACCUCUUCAAGGAGCUCUACACGUACCUGGCUCAGAUAGACGGCGAGAUCUCUGAGGAGCAGAUAGAGGGCGUAUUCACCUACCUGCAGUACCAUGUGGACAAGCAAAACGGAGCAGUGCAACCGAGGAACUUCCUGCAUCCGGACUGCCCCAAGCUUGGCCUCAUGUAAACAUAGGCCGUCAUCGACCCGUCAUCUCUCUGUUUAUCCAUGCUUUGGUUAUGUUUGUCGAGCACCAGAAGGGGAUUAAUUCAGUUACGUAAGGUGAAAUUAACACCCUUUUGGCGUUCAACAGACAAUGCAUGACCUGUGUUCAUGCUUUAUUGCGUCUGUUGAGAGUGAGAAUGGCAUUUACUCUAUUCAAUGUGUUGAAGGUAAUACAAAGAUUUUGGAAAUUUUGAAAAUUGGGUGGAUAGUGAUUCUUUACAAUUUUGAUAUAUUUGGAUGCCCAUGUGGAUGUUUUAUAAGCACUA